AUGAAUGACUUACUUUUUUCAAAGUUGAACGAUUUUUUGAGGACAAUGCGAUGGCUGGGUUUUCUGUUUCUUUCUACAACUCUUGCCGAAAUGAACACGACAAAGUCAAAUGUUGAUCCGGAGUGGGCAAAGAAAAGGUUUUGGCUUGGAUCAAUUCAUGGUAUUUUAAUGGUUGUCGCUUGGAUUUUUCUCAUUCCAAAAGCCACAAUAGCGGCAAGAUAUCUUCGAAAUCAUUCCUCGCGCAACAGUGUUUUCAAAUUGCCGAAUUGGUUCCAAUUACAUCGAAAUUCGAAUUACGCAGCGGUGAUCUUGUCACUAGUUUCUAUUGGCUUUAUUUUGUAUGCACAAGGAUUUCGCUGGACGGGUCCAUGGUUCGGCAGAAACUUUUUCUCACCAGGCGUUCUGCACAGCUUUCUGGGUGCCAUCUCGAUUUCCCUGGCCACUCUUCAGCCGAUAAUGGCCUAUUUUCGUCCAAAACCCGCGACACAAAAGCGUUUUUUAUUCAAUUUACUGCAUCGCUGUUGUGGGAUUACUUCGCUGGCGUUUGCAAUGGGUGCCAUGUUUCUGGUGGCUCAAAAGUUCGGUAAACGUUUCCAUCGACCGGAUCUCGUUUGGUUCUUUUGGUUGAUUUUUCUCUUCAUCAUCGCUAUUUGUGUUGUCAUUUUAGAGAUUCUUUUCCGAAUGACAACAUCUCCAAUGAGAAUCGGUUCUGAUAUGGAGCUGAGUGAAAACAAAAAACAGAUCUACGAUUCAACUGAUGCUGAAGAGAAAAGGAAAAAGUUAUUGAAAGAAAAAGAAGAUUGGUUGAUGUGGACGAGCUCGUUGAUAUUUGUUCUUUUCACAAUAAUCACCUUUGGAAUAACUGUGAUUAUCAUUAUCAAUAUGCUAUUGAAAUUU